CAAGACAAGAGAUACGGACAGGAGCGGCCCCUCGAUGCGCUGGAGCUCAGACACACACUCACAUGCACACACACACCCACACACACUCAUACACACGCACACAGCCCGAACUCUAAUCCCGAUUCCGGGAAGUUUGACACCUCGGAGCCGCAGUCUUUUUUUCCCCCAAGAAGUCCCGGGCACUACGGGCCUGCGCACGGUUUUGAAAGUGGACCUAACACCGCCUUACUUUCUGGACAUGGGAGACAUGGGGGACCCACCGAAAAAGAAACGCUUGGUGUCUUUGUGCGUGGGCUGCGGGAAUCAGAUCCACGACCAGUACAUCCUGCGCGUGGCGCCCGACCUCGAGUGGCACGCGGCGUGUCUCAAAUGCGCGGAGUGUAACCAGUAUCUGGAUGAGUCGUGCACUUGUUUUGUCCGGGACGGCAAGACGUACUGUAAACGCGACUACAUCAGACUCUACGGAAUCAAAUGCGCAAAGUGUAACAUCGGUUUCAGCAAGAACGAUUUCGUGAUGCGCGCUCGCGCUAAGGUGUAUCAUGUGGAGUGUUUCCGGUGCGUGGCGUGCAGCAGGCAGCUGAUCCCGGGCGAUGAGUUCGCGCUACGGGAGGACGGCCUGUUCUGCCGAGCCGAUCACGACGUGGUGGAGAGAGCCAGCAUGGCGCCCGGGGAGCCGCUCAGCCCCCUGCACCCGGCCCGGCCUUUACAGAUGGCAGCAGAGCCAAUCUCAGCGCGGCAGCCCGCGUUGCGCCCGCACGUGCACAAGCAGCCCGAGAAGACGACGCGCGUGCGCACGGUGCUUAACGAGAAGCAGCUGCACACUUUGCGCACGUGCUACAACGCGAACCCGCGGCCCGACGCGCUCAUGAAAGAGCAGCUCGUGGAGAUGACGGGACUGAGCCCGCGGGUCAUCCGCGUCUGGUUUCAGAACAAGCGCUGCAAGGACAAGAAGCGCAGCCUGCUGAUGAAGCAGCUCCAGCAGCAGCAACCCAACGACAAGACGAACAUCCAAGGAAUGACAGGAACUCCAAUGGUAGCCACCAGUCCAGAGAGACACGAUGGCGGCUUACAGGCGAACCCGGUGGAGGUGCAGACUUACCAACCACCCUGGAAGGUCCUGAGCGAUUUUGCACUGCAGAGCGACAUAGACCAACCGGCCUUUCAGCAACUGGUUAAUUUUUCCGAAGGAGGGCCAGGCUCGAAUUCAACAGGGAGUGAAGUGGCGUCCAUGUCCUCGCAACUGCCAGAUACACCAAACAGCAUGGUGGCCAGUCCCAUCGAGGCCUAGACGAUUCGGAUUAAUCUUCCUUUCCACAAUCGGAGAGAAAAAGAGGGUCACCAAGGUUGUCGAGUCCCUGUUUCACCAAGGCUGUACUCCCGAAUAACACCGACAGACCUCCAAUUCCGCGGGGCUUCUCUAUCCAAACAAGCCCUGGGUCGCGUUUAUACACUGUGAUGACAAUCGUGGGAACGAAGACGAACGUUACCGGAAGUCGCUAACAUCCGGCGGAAGUAGACCUACACCAGGUCCUGAAUGUCAAAAUGUCGAUUUCUCUGACAUUUAGGCUUACACUACACAGGAACUGGUGGAACUGGUGGAACUGGUCGGCUACAUUUUUUGCCAAACAACCCGAGAUGUUUUGCUAUUUUUUCUUUUCUUUCUUUCAUUUGUUUUUGGACAAAUCAGCGAACCUCAUAGGGAAAUGAGACCUAAGAGGACUGUGAGUCCGGACAGCGCAGCAUGAGCGGCCCAAACAAACUGCUGAGUCGCCGGUCGGUUUCUCUCUAAAGCGAGAUUUAUUCACUGAAUAUUGAGUGUGAGGACGGCCUGGCAGCCCAGUCUAUCCGCUUUUAUUAGGCCGUUUUUGUUAUAUGGUAUGUUUUCAAGCCCAAGUAGGCGACUAAAGCAUUGCAACAAGGUAUACCUCUAUUCGACCACAAGCUGCGUGGGAAAUUUACGUGUAUAUGUCCGUCCGAGAUUAUUAUUAUUAUUAUUAUUAUUAUUUCCCAAAGAUGUGUAUAGUUUUAAGUUAAUAUGUCGGAUCAUACAGCGGAGAUCUUUUUUUUGUUUGUUUGUUCCUAUAUUACAAAAAUAAUUUAUUAUUUAUUGUCCAACGACCUGCCACUUUUGUGUACUAUCUUUAAUUGCUGAAGUAAAAAAGAGGAAAUUUACACUGUCGACUCCGAAUCAUCUAUAUCGGACUUUCUGUCCAGUCGUUUUGACUGAAAAGUAAAUGUAUCGAGCAACGCCAUAUGUAGAUCUUCAGGAAUAUUUGAACAAUAAA